AUGGCGGCCGAAACCCCUCUCCCUAUUCUCAUCGUUGGCGCUGGCAUCAGCGGCCUUUCCCUGGCCCAGUACCUGCGCAAGUCCGGCAUUCCUUUCCGGAUCUUCGAUCGAGAUGCCUCUAUCGCUUCUCGCACUGGUGGCUGGGGUCUCACCUUCCACUGGGGCCUGCCAGCCCUCGAGAAGCUUUUGCCUGAGGAGCUAUAUGCGCGUCUCGGAGAGUGCAACGUGAACCCUAGCGCUCAGGAUGCGGGCAAAUACCGAUUUCUGGAUCUCAAGACCGGAGAAUCCUUGCAUGCUGCCACGUUUCCCAAAACAGGCCGCUUGCGUGUAAUCCGGUCCAAGCUUCGAAAUCUACUAGCUACUGGGAUUGAUGUUGAGUGGUCCAAGAGAUACGUGGGACUGUCCACUAGCUCAGACGGCGUUACCAUCUCAUUUGAAGACGGUACAGUCGCCCAGGGCUGGCUGCUGGUAGCCAGCGAUGGCACCAACUCUCGCAUUCGACAAUAUCUGCAUCCAUCUGCAUUCGAGAAUAUACCGGUACCUGUCGAGCUUCUGGGCGUGACCGUCUCCUAUACCCCUGAGCAAGUGGCCGCCGCUUUAGCCAUUGAUCCGUAUUUUUUCCAGGGAACGCAUUCAGAUUCGAAUAUUUACUUGUUCUUUAGCUUCUUGAACUCCCCAUACAACGGGGGAAAUGACAGCGGCAACUAUAUCUGCCAGGUCAUCGUCUCGUGGGCCAAGAGCAAGGGGAUUAGCAUUCCUGAGGGCAAUGCGGACCGUAUUACUCUGAUCAAAAACAUUACGUCUGACUGGGCUGAGCAUCUACGCAGCCUUGUUGAGGUCAUCCCAGAAGACGCAGAAGCAACGGCGAUCCAGCUCGCCGAUUGGUUUCCGACUACGAAACGGGAGGAUGAACGCGUGGUCCUCAUGGGCGAUGCAGCCCACACCAUGACCAUGUUCCGUGGUGAGGGCGGUAACAAUGCCGUGACCGAUGCUUAUGACUUCGCUAAACGAGUUGGUCCCCUACUAGAAUCAACCUCUACUCACCAGGGCAUAGCACGGGAGAAGAUUAAACCGGCCUUGGAAGCGUACGACCAGGACGUAUUCAACCGAGGCCAGCCGGGUUACAGUCUACAGGGGUCUGCUAGUGCUUAUUAG